ACUUUAAAUACACAUCCAUAGAGAAACAUUGAAUCAGCAAACCUCAGCAAAAGAAAAGAAAAAAAAAAAUGGAUUUCAGUACCAACGGCACUGAAGAGAGUGAACUCUACCACGCUCAAAUCCAUUUGUACAAGCACGUGUACAACUUCGUUAGUUCCAUGGCUCUCAAAUCUGCCAUGGAGCUAGGCAUAGCAGACGUAAUCCACAACCACGGAAAACCCAUGACUCUCGCUGAAUUAGUCUCAGCACUGAAACUCCACCCCCCAAAAGUCAAUGCCCUCCACCGCUUCUUGCGCCUUCUAACACACAACGGAUUCUUCGUCAAAACGACAGUGCCGUCAACGAACGGUAAAGAAGGAGAACGCGAAACGGCAUAUGAUCUGACUCCACCUUCCAAGCUUCUAAUCAGAGGCAAGUCAACAUGCUUAGCACCCAUAGUUCGAGGAGCACUUCACCCAAGCUCGCUUGACAUGUGGGGCGCUUCCAAGAAAUGGUUCACUGAGGAAAAGGAACUUACUCUGUUCGAGAGCGCUACAGGGGAGAGUUUCUGGGACUUUCUGAACAAAGACUCUGAGUCUGACACGUUGAGCAUGUUUCAAGAGGCCAUGGCCGCUGAUUCUAGAGUUUUCAAGCUUGCUCUCCAUGAAUGCAAACACGUGUUUGAGGGAUUGGGUUCCCUUGUUGACGUGGGUGGUGGCACUGGUGGCGUAACGAGGCUCAUCCAUGAAGCCUUCCCUCACUUGAAAUGCAUUGUCUUUGAUCAACCACAGGUUGUGGGUAAUUUGACAGAAACCGAUAAUUUGAGUUUUGUUGGGGGAGAUAUGUUCAAGUCCGUCCCUUCUGCAGAUGCAGUUUUACUCAAGUGGGUUCUUCAUGAUUGGAAUGAUGAGCUCGCCCUGAAGAUAUUGAAGAACUGCAAAGAAGCUAUUUCGGGGAAAGGAAAAGAAGGGAAGGUGAUAAUCAUAGACAUAGCAAUUGAUGAAACAAGUGAUGAUCGUGAAUUGACUGAGUUGAAGUUGGACUACGACUUGGUGAUGUUGACUAUGUUCAAUGGAAAAGAAAGAGAAAUGAAAGAAUGGAAGAAACUCAUAUACGACGCCGGAUUCAGCAGCUACAAGAUUACCCCCAUUUGUGGUUUCAAGUCUCUCAUCGAAGUUUAUCCUUAAUUUAUUAUAGCUCUUGUAUUCAAUGUGUGCUACGAUUUCAAUAAGUUUCUACUUAAGAACCAACUCAAUAUAGUGUUUAUUUCUGCAUAAUCGAGAUCUUUAAUUGUGACCAUCUGG